AGAAAAAAGGUGAAGCUAGAGGGUGUGUCAAGAACACACGCCGCUGAGAUUUAUACCAAAGGCAGAGACUAGAGAUCUCCGAGAUCUCUGCCUGAGGUGAAACAAAAUAAAUAAAUAAAAUCAUUAUGGCGUUUCAAGAUUUUGAUUAUAUCUCGGAACGUCGAAAAAAUGAGAAGAAAGAAAAAGUAAAGAAACACAUUAUAGUUGGUAUAGUUGCGGUGGUGGUUGUUCUCUUGUUGAUCGGGGCUGUUGCAUGGGCGGUAUUGUAUAUGAACCACAAAAACAAGAACCAUAACGAGGACAAGGACAAAGAACAAGCAGCACCAUCCGCAGAUAAAGCGAUUCAGAUGCUUUGUGCCUCAACGGAUUAUAAACAGACAUGUUUGGAUAGCCUCACCAAGUACGUGAGUUCCAAUCCCACCAAACCCAAGCAGCCCAAAGAACUUCUCCAGGCCUCCAUAUCCGUCAUCGCAACCGAUCUCCAAAACGUCUACAACAAAAUUUCCAAAAUUAAAUUUGAUACCCCCGAGCUCAAGGGAGCUUUCGAGGAUUGCAAGGUCCUUUUCGAAGACGCAAAGGAGGAGCUUAAUGCUUCCAUAGCUAAUGUCCACAAACAAACCAUUACCAAGCUCCCAUCCUCCACUCCAAACCUCAACAACUGGCUUAGCGCUGUUCUUUCCUAUCAGGAAACCUGCAUUGACGGGUUCCCCGAAGGUAAAACAAAGACCGAUCUCCAAUCCGCCUUGAAGAGCGUCAAGCACCUAACAAGCAAUUCCCUCGCCAUAGUCAAUCAGCUCAACGCUUUAGGAUCGAUCAACUUGGGGGCAGGCCGUCACCUUUUGGAUACAGAUCAGAAUCCCGAGACCCCAAUGUCGCACCUCGACGAUGAAGGGCUCCCGGAAUGGAUGUCCACUGAGGAACGUAGGGUGUUAAGGUCCAAGGAUGUAAAGCAAACUCCAAAUGUCACCGUCGCUAAAGAUGGAAGUGGGCAAUUCAACACUAUUUCCGAUGCAUUGGCAGCAAUUCCUGAUGAAUACCAAGGAAGGUAUGUGAUUUAUGUGAAGGAAGGAAUUUAUGAGGAAUAUCCCAUCGUCACAAAAAAGAUGGUCAACGUCACCAUUUAUGGGGAUGGAUCCCAGAAAUCAAUUGUGACAGGGAAUAAGAAUUUCGUCGAUGGUGUUCGUACAUUUCAAACUGCAACAUUCACUGUGUUGGGAGAGGGUUUCAUGGGACAAUCCAUUGGAUUCAGAAACACAGCCGGGGCUGAAAAGCACCAGGCCGUGGCCAUCCGUGUCCAAGCAGACCGGUCGGUGUUCCUCAACUGUCGCAUGGAGGCUUACCAGGACACGUUGUAUGCUCAAACACACAGACAGUUCUAUCGUGGAUGCGUGAUCUCAGGCACGGUGGACUUCAUCUUCGGGGACGCAGCAUCCAUCUUUCAAAACUGCGUGAUAUACAUCAGAAAGCCUCUGGAAAACCAACAAAACAUUGUCACUGCACAAGGGAGGAUCGACAAGCAUGAGUCCACAGGGAUUGUCCUGCAAGGCUGUCGUAUCCUAGCUGAGAAAGGAUUCGAGGAUGAGAAGAUGAAGUACAAGAACUACUUGGGGAGACCAUGGAAGGAAUAUUCAAGAACCAUAAUCAUGCAAUCGGAAAUCGACAGUUUGAUCGAUCCUGAAGGUUGGAUGCCAUGGGAAGGAGAUUUUGCACUAAAAACUCUUUAUUACGCGGAGUAUGGAAACAAGGGUCCUGGAGCCACAACUACUGCAAGAGUUAAAUGGGCUGGUUACAAGGGCAUCAUCACCAAAGACAUUGCACAAAAAUAUACAGCGGGUCCAUUCUUACAAGGCAACACCUGGUUGGGCCCAGAAACUAAAGUUCGUUUUGGUUUAGUUUGAAUUAUUAUUUUUUAUUUUUACCAUC